GAAUUUUGUAUCCAUAUUACAAGUUUCGUGUUCACAAAUUUGCAUACAUUGUGUAUCAAUUUUCAUUGUUUCAAUGUUAUUUGUACUUUUUUCGAUUUCCAUAUUUUAACAAAAAAGAACAUUAUAAUAGUAAAAAUAAAUAUUGGCAAUUAGUUUAAUAAUUCCUAAAGGAUAGUCAUCUGGAUGAAAAUUUUAGGAUUCAUCUUGCUAUAGCAAAAGCAGACGAUUUUUCUACGCUUUAGUAUUUAAUCAGUUUUCGUGAAGUGAAAGAAUGCAAGUUAUUGGAAUUGAUGGUCGUGUUGUUGGCUAUCUUUUUUGUUUUCUGAUACUCCAAGCAAAAUUAACAAACUCCAGAACUUCUUGGAGACUCAGUGCUGACAAAGUCGUCAAGACAACAGAUUUCGUGAAUACAAUUGAGGAUGAUCCUAUUUUCGAUAUCUUGGCUAGUAGCAUUAAUGUUGGAAAUGGACAAAGUUGGAGUAGGACAGCUAUUUCUGAAAAUUAUGAAAAAAUACAAUCAUAUUGUCAAGAUUGCAAAAAUGUUGCUUCUGGAAAUCAUGAACGACGAUUCUCGUCAUACGUGUUGAAGGAUACAUCAAAUGCCACUGAAUCUUUUCCUCUAUCAUCUCAAGUAUCAAAUGAACAAGUUAUGUGUGCUUCUGGUCAACAAUGUGAGGAUAUAAUUCUAGACUGUGGAAAGCCUGUUAAUUUCACUUAUUAUGAUAACUUGCUUGGUGUUGCAAAUAGAGAUAAACAUCCAUUAGUUCCAGAACCUAAUGUAGCACUUAUGUUUAAGAAAAAUGGUGGCAAAACUAUGGAUGUUGAUAUUGAUCUGUUAGAAAAACGUUUAAUAAAAGCAAAACGAGAGAAACCAAAAUCUGUUCAACUUUACAAUCAAAUAGGAAAUUUUUGGCGUAUAAAAGGUGAUGCACAAAGAUCAAUUGAAUGCUUUCGAAGAGCACUUGCUGUAUCACCACAUAAUGCAGAAGUAUUAUUAAAUUUAGCUCGAGUAUUAUUAGUUCAACAAUAUUUGGAUGAUGCAACAUAUUUAGCAAGACGUUCUUUAGAAUUGCAACCUCCAGAUCGUAAUGCUUGGGAACAAUAUCUUACACUUGGACAAAUAUUUAAAGCAUAUGGCCAUUAUCAAGAAGCAGCAGUACAUUUACGACAUGCCUUGGAAUUAAAACCAGAUCUCUCUGAAGCUGCAGAAGCUUUAAGAGAGGUACUUGGAGUACUUUUAGUAGUUUUAAGCAGUGUAGAAUGUGAUGAAGAUUCUAGUUUAGUUAAUGGACAACUUCAACGUCCAGUUCAACGUCAUUUUAGUCGCGCUAUGGCUAUGCGCAGUUUACGACUUAAUGUUGCUCGUAAUAAACGUUGUUGAUUAUUUAUUAAAAAUAUAAAUAAUCUUGUGAUAUAAUAGAACCUUGAUUAAUGCAUAUGAACAUUAUUCAUUAUAUUGUGAUGAGCAUAGUUUCAUAUUUUGUGGACAAACAAAUGAUGAUUUAUAAAAAGCAUAUAAAUCUUAGACUGAUUGUUUGAAAUAUUUGUUGCAUAAAUCUUGAUAUUUACAUAUAUUUUUAAUUAUAUUUCGUGCAAUAAUCAAAGUUCUACUAUAGAAUAAAAUUUUCAACUGUUAUUAUGUAUGUAAUUGCAAAGUAUUAUUUGUAAUAUGAUUUUUAAUAAUUAUUUAGUAUAUUAAUAAUUAUGCAAUUUAUUAUAAUUAUAAAUGAAAAUAUACAAUAAAAAGCAAUACUAUUUUUCAUUUACUACGAAAAGAAAAAUAAUGUUAAAUAUGUGCAUAUACAUACACGCGUAUACAUAUUUUAUUAUUACUUUCGUGAAUGGAAUGUAAUUUACGGAAUUAUGAGAUAUUUUUGUUAAAUAUUACAUAGAUAACAUAGAUAAUAUUAACAAUAUUAUUUAAUAUCAUUUACAAUAUACAAUGAUAUUAAAA